AUGCAGUCUUUGGCGCAGGAGAUCCAGAGCUUCUCGCGUGCACGCCUGAAGAGGCAGUGCACCCGGGUGACGUGUCUGAGCGGGCGGCGGGUCAUCGAGACGUGGAAGGGCAGCAGCAUCACGGUGGAGGAGGAGCCCACUGUGGCAGGCCCGGCUCUGGGCUACGUCCCUGACACCUCCUGGGACCUGCAGGUGGGAGCAGUCACAUCGUACCUGCUGCUCGGCUCUCAGGACGCCGCCCACGACUUCUCUACUCUCCAAAAACACAAGGUGUCUCACAUCCUGAACGUGGCCUUUGGAGUGGACAAUGUCUUCCCUGAGCUCUUCAUCUACAAAACGGUCAGCAUUCUGGACCAGCCUGACACUCCGCUGAUUGGCCACAUCCAGGAGUGCUGCGACUUCAUCACACAAGCCCGCACCGAGAAAGGCGUGGUGCUGGUUCACUGUAACACCGGCGUGUCCCGGGCUCCGGCGGUCGUCAUUGGUUACCUGAUGUCAUGUGACGGCAUGUCCUUUGAAGACGCAUUGUCUUUGGUUCGAACAGCUCGUCCUAACUCCGCCCCCAACCCCGGCUUCAUGGAGCAGCUGCAGAAGUACCAGAGUCCUGCAGUGAAUGGAGGCCUCCACUAGACUCCGACAGGGGGCGCUGUGCACACACAGACUUCCCUUCCUCUCAUUAAAGCAGACUUAUUGUGUUUGAGUGUUCUCUACAGUUCUAAUCUACGACACACAUGGAGCAUUAUGUUCUAAUGGGGACAUUUGAAAUCACAAUAUUAAUCUAAAAUGAUUUCAUGAGACAAAUAAGUCCGACUUCUGUGUUACAAACCUGUGGCGCCCACAAGCUUCUCUAAACAGGAGUCACUUCAGCUGCUCUUUAAAACAGUCCACAGAGUGAGCCACAGCAGGUUCUGACUGCAGGAGCCGAGGGAGGUCCAGAGGAGAAGGGGGUUCAAAGGUCCAGGAUGUACCAGGGGCCUGCCUGUGGACCGCUCUAAAAGUAAUCUCUACUAUUUUAAAAUCAAUCCUGAACUUUACAAAAGCUGGUAGAGAGGAUGAAAGAUCUGGUGUUCCUAAACGCCUGGCACCAGAGUUUGCCACAGUUGAGUUUUCUCAAAUAUGUGUGAAUGAAACAACACACAAUUCCAGGUGUGUUUUUGAGGAAGUAGCAGUAUUAUAACUUGGCUUCAAAUUCACAGUCAAUUUUGUGUAAUAUAAUGUAGGACUCAUAAGCCUCUGACCUGUUCUACAAACUGGACUUUUUAGUAGUCAAUGAAAAGUCCAGGUCGAUGAGUAGUUUCUUCUUUUUGACCCUCUGAAGUUGUCCUUGGAGUGAUUUAAACAUGUUUGUGUCGUGUGCAGUCGCUUCUGUUCAAGACACUAUUUUGCAGAUAUACCUGUUUCACCUCCACCGGUUUCUUUAUGAAGUCAUUUUAGAUGAAUGUUGUGAUUUAAAUUGUCCAAAUGAGAACAUACUGAUCCACAGACGUCAGACAUAGAACUAUAGAACACACACAAGCAGGAUCUGUGUGCUUUACAGUCCAUCCACUUGAGCAGAGCUGUGACCACAUGGCUCCUGUUUGGCUCUUUACUCCCAGGUCCCAGUUGGAGCUUGGUGUUAACAGUGUCUCCCUGUGCUGCGGUCUAGCUCCCCCUGCUGCUGUGUUUAUGAACACUUUUCAUUUACACAACAGGAACAACAAGAAGAGUAACAUUAUUUCAAAAUCAUUUUACUCAAGUAGUGGUCCAUGUAAGUAAGAGUAAAAACAUAUUUAGGAAAAGUACCACUCAAGUAACAGCAACUUAAAGAGUAACUCUUCAGAUGCAGCAUCCGAUUUAGAAUUAGAAGUGAAUGUAAUGUGAAUGAAAAAACAUGAACUAAUGCACAAAAUCUACUAUUUUCAAAUGACACAAAAACAAACUAAAUCUUCUCUGAAGGAGCUGGAAGAAACACAAAUGUUCAAAUCAUUUCAGAUUGUCACAUAAAGACUGUGUCACUUUAGACUCACUCACAGUGGGAAGA